UCUGCAACAGUUAGACCCCCCUACAGUCAGCAGAAGAGGCCAUCCUUAUCAAGAGCAUCUCAAUUGUACUGCCAUAGUUUUCAAUACAAACAGUCUCCUUUAUCUUAUGUCAGAGGUCCGUCGGUGCCAGGUCCAUCGGAGCCACUAUAGCUUUUAUCACGCCAUUACACUUUGUACUGACCAUCCUCCAAACAUGGCAUCAUCUUUUGUUUACACCUUAUCUCUGCAUCACAGAGGGCACCUGAAACAAGCCCAACCCCAAGGGGCGGUAACGACACCUCCUAGAGGACUGCACCAAUACAUAUAAAAACGGUCUCUUUCACCAUUUGGAACAUCAACAGCGCAACCUAAAGAACACCUCUAACUAACUAACUAAGGAGUGCAGGAUGACAUCUGUAUCAACCAUGACUAGCAGCCUGGACAUCGCCCAAGCAACAGAAGCUCUAGGUACGUCUACAGGCGUAUGCCGGGGCCCUCACCGCAAAAAGCAACGCUGUGAAAACGUCGUAGACGGGACUGAAUUUAAGUUAGAAUAUCGAGGCAGUAACGGGUAUGUGUAUACCGUUAAAUAUACCAACGGAGCAGUUAUACUUCGUGUAGAUUGUGGCGAGGGAGUGUUUUGGGGGGAGUCACAACGCAUGUCUACUAGAAACUGGAAACUCUUUCGCACUGUUGUUUGUGCGGACUUGGACAAUGUGGGCUUCCCAGAGAUGCUGUAUGUUUCCCAGUGGAACAGUCCAACAGGCCCUGAGCUUUACAGGGUCGAGGCUGAUCGUUUCAACCGUAGCCCCGACGACUUUAUUUUUCUCAGUGUAUGUGAUGACAGGGAAAGUUUUAUAGCGGCCAGAGGGGUUGAAAACUGGAGGUUAAAUCCUUACCCUCUGAGCAUAGAAGAGCGCGCUACAUGGUUUAAGGAUAUGUUUUUUAUACAGUGGUGCGACUGGAGAGCUAUGCUGCAUAUGUUUAGCAAGGUUGACGACGCCAUCAAGAGAGAUAGACUCAACACUGCGUACGAGGGUAUUAGAAAACGGCUUGUUUUUGAUGAUUUUGCGACUUGCUCGAAGACUGGCUUGCCUUCUACCCUGUGCAAACCUAAAAUCAUAAGGCCGUCCGACAACUAAAUAAACCAAAUGAGCGAGACACGCAGCCGUGGGACCUCACAGACUCACCACCCCCAUCGCUGUUAAUCCAGACCCCACCAUCUCCACCCCCCUCUCCACAGCUGCUGCUGCAGGAUCCUACAGGAUCGGGGCUGUUUGAGGAAACCAUUAUCGACAUCAAGCUUGCAACCCACCAUCUGCUGAUGUUGGCGCUAAACGAGUUUCUACAGGAUACAUGCUACGGAUGUCAAAUAUCUCACCCCAGUCAGGUGCAACACAGCUGCUUGCUCGAAUUGCCCGAGUAUUUCUUUGACAUCUACUACGACGAUGUGAUGAUAAGGCUCAAGACAGACCGAUUCAUCCCCGCCAUACGCCUGUUUGUGCGCUCCUACACAGUCGAUGGGACUGGAACACAAUUCAGCAGAAUUGCAGAACACACCAUGACCGAACUGAGAUCAUCACAACAUAUAGUAUGCGCAAUUAACGACAACAUUGUGCAGUUGCUAGAAGCAAGUCGUUAUGACCGACGUGCUAAACCAGCCAUGCUUCGCAUGAUUGGUAACUACUGGGCUGGGAGACACCUGGUUUAAUGUAUGCUGUUCAGUAUUCAUUGUCUGUGUGAAUGAAAUAAAAAGACGCGUUAACACCGACAGCUUUAUCAUUUGUGUCUUGCAUGCAUCAUGGAAAACACCUUGUAUAAAAUUUAUCAUGAUCCGGCCCAUCCGGCUGGCCUGGCCAGUUUAAACAAGCUCCGUAUAGCUACCGCUGAGGCAAUAGGUGUAAAACCCUCAUUAUCACAGGUUAAACAUUAUUUAGAACGAGACGACACUUACACACUCCAUAAACCAGCCAGGAUCCACUUUCCCAGAAACAGAGUAUUGGUUAAUGGAAUCGACAAACAGUUUCAAGCCGAUCUGGUUGAUAUGUCUGAAUACAUGACAGAUAAUGAUAAUGUUAGAUACCUGCUAACAUGUAUAGAUGUAUUCUCAAAAUAUGCAUGGGUUAGAUGUCUCACAACCAAGACGGGCCCAGCCGUAGCAGCCGCUUUCCAGGAUAUACUUGCUGAGGGAAGGAUCCCUAUGAAACUACAAACAGAUGAAGGCAAAGAGUUUUAUAAUACAACCUUUAAACAGCUAAUGAAGCGAUAUAACAUCAAACACUUCUCAACAGCUAGUGAGGUUAAAUCUAGUAUUGUUGAAAGAUUCAACCGCAGCUUCAAGGGUAGAAUGUGGAAGUACUUAACAUCCGUCAACUCAAGGAGAUAUGUACACGUCAUCCCCGAGCUCACACAGGCAUAUAACAAUGCUUAUCACAGAUCUAUCCAUAUGGCUCCAGCAGAGGUAAAUAAGGAUAAUGAGAAGCUGGUCUUUAACACUCUGUACAAAACCAAGCCUCAGAGGAAAGUGUGUUUUAAAUUUAAUGUUGGCGACACAGUACGAAUAUCGAAACUGAGAGGAGUGUUUCGAAAAGGAUACGAACAAACCUACACCGAUGAGAUUUUCACAGUCAAAGAACGUAUAGGGAGACAGCCCCCAGUGUACAGACUAGCCGAUCUAGCAGGAGAGGUGCUGAAAGGCACAUUUUAUGAGCCUGAAAUACAACGGGUGAUUGUUGAUAAAAACAAAGCAUUUAAAAUUGAAAGCAUAUUGGCUAGAAAAAAGGUGGGCCGAAAAAAGAUGGCUCUAGUAAAAUGGUUAGGAUGGCCAACAAGUUUUAAUUCAUGGAUUCCAGAAAAAGACAUCAUCGAGGUGUGAUUAACCCUGAUGACACAGCUCUGCAGUCAUUCAUUCACCACCGUGCAGAGACAGAGUAAAGAAGGAUGGAUAAAAAGAACAACAAGGCAGGCUUUUAUGUGACCCUCUUCUCAAAUGCGUCAGCUCAUGUUUACCCAGGCAAUAAGAUAUCUAAUUUUAGAACAAAGUUAGCAAAACCUAUUGUUUUGAAUCAUCAGUAUGAGGUAGCUGUUAUAGAGAUACAGUAUCCGCGCACUUGGCUGUCUUUUCCACAAGCAGAUUCGCAAGUAGAAAUUUAUAACCCUGUCAAAGAUGACGCUCUAUCCGUAACAACGAUUGAGCUGUCUGUGGGUCAUUAUACCUCUGUGGAGCAGAUAAUAAAAGAAUUUAAUUUGAAAUGCCAACAGCAGCCAGGCACGGCGGACAUUAAAACACAAUACAACACCGUUAGUAACUAUGUAGGUGUUAUGGGGCC